AUGCCUAAAGAAAAACAAAACAAUGACAAUGUACACAACCGUCGUCAAUAUACGCUCAUGUCAUCAGAAGAUAUAGCCUCGGGUAAAAAAUCAUCAUGGUACGCUUUAGAAAUCUCAGGUCUAGUAAAAAAUAUUUCUCCAGAAUUAUGGGGAUUACAGUUUUUAAGCUCAUUGUUUUUAAGUGAUAAUCAUCUUACUCAUCUACCACCGGAGAUCUGCAAACUUUACCACCUGACCAUUUUAGAUUUAUCCAAUAAUAAAUUGCGUAGUUUACCAGCAGAAAUUGGUGACUUAAUACAACUGCGAGAAUUGCUGCUAAACUAUAAUUGUUUACGAGUACUACCUUACGAAAUAGGAAAAUUAUUCCAGUUACAUAGUUUAGGUCUGCAGGGCAACCCAUUGAAUCCAGAAUUAAAUAAUUUAUAUAAUGAAUGUAAUGGAACCAAUCGUCUCCUCAGCUUCAUGUUAGAUUCACUACCCAAUAGCCACUACAUGAAAUGUUACAUGUGA